AUGCCUCGGAUUGAUUUCGAGCCCAAACUUGACUUCAAAGAUGUUCUCCUACGCCCUAAAAGAUCAACGCUGAAAAGCAGGGCAGAUGUAGAUUUAGUUCGAGAAAUGCCUCGCAUUGAUUUCGAGCCCAAACUUGACUUCAAAGAUGUUCUCCUACGCCCUAAAAGAUCAACGCUGAAGAGCAGGGCAGAUGUAGAUUUAGUUCGAGAGUAUACCUUCAAAAAUUCAAAGAAAACAUAUAGCGGUGUACCUAUCGUAGCUUCCAAUAUGGAUACGGUUGGAACGUUUGAGAUGGCGAGCGCACUUGCUCGGCAUAAGCUGUUCACCACCAUACAUAAGCACUACUCGGUGAGCAAUUUGAAGCAUGAAACCAUCGACCUGGGACUUUGA